UUUUGUCUGACGACCUUAUCCGGAGGAAGUGAAGCUCAGGCGAGGUAGCUAGCUCACCGGAGGAAAAAAAUAGAAAAAAGUGUAAGACAAGGGAGGGAAACUUUGCUGAUUUGCUGGAGUUUUGACUGACUUGGACCCCAGUUUGAGUUUGUUUCGGUCUAUUGGAGCUCCGCGGAUUAAGUCGAAGUCGACGGUACCGAUAUGAUGGAAGACUCUCACUUUAAUUCGUCCUACUUCUGGUCUCCCGUCCCCGCCGUGCAAGGACAGAUCGAGAAUGCCAUGUUCCUUAACAAGAUGAAGGAGCAACAGGAGAAGAAUGCGCCGUUCUCUCCACCUUCUUCCCACUACCAGACAGCUCUCCUCACCAUUCCCACUCCUGGGCCCAAAACAGAUGGAGGGGGCCAGGUUGGCAAUGCAGGACACCUCAACCCUCCUCACAGCACCCAGAACAUCACAGUGCUGCCGGUUCCCUCCACAGGCAUCAUGACAGCAGCUGGUCUGGUCAUCACAACGCCUCAGGGAACGCUGGUCUCUCCCACCUCCUCCCAGUCGUUUGUCUCUGGUCACCCAGCAGGAACCAUGAUAGUUUCAGCGCUCCAUUCAGCAGACAAAAAAGAAGGCGACGGGGCUUCCCAUGUGGUAGUGAUGCCAGCCCCCUCCAAAAGAGGAAGAAAGAAGAAGACGACAGUCCCUCGCGUUCCGGGAAAUGACACACUAAUAUUGGCACACCUGACACCUGGUGGCCAGGUUACAACUCUGCAGCACCACACAGGAGACCCAUAUGAGCUUUCCAAUGAAGAUGAGGAACAUGGCCACAAAGACGGCACUAAGACGUACAGGUGCCGGAUGUGUGCGGCGACCUUCUUCAAUAAGUCUGACAUGCAGAUCCACUCCAAGUCGCACACAGAGGCCAAACCUCACAAGUGUCCUCACUGCGCCAAGUCAUUCGCCAACUCCAGCUACCUGGCCCAGCACAUCCGCAUCCAUAGCGGGGCCAAGCCCUACACCUGCUCCUACUGCCAGAAAUCUUUCAGGCAGCUCAGUCACUUACAGCAGCACACACGGAACCACACAGAGUCAAAGCCUCACAAGUGUCCCCACUGCACUAAGUCAUUUGCAAACUCUAGCUACCUGGCACAGCAUAUCCGGAUCCACACGGGGGUGAAACCCUACACCUGCUCGUACUGCCAAAAGUCCUUCAGACAGCUCAGUCAUCUUCAGCAGCACAGCAGAAUUCACACUGGAGAUAGACCAUACAAAUGCAGCCACCCAGGCUGUGAAAAAUCCUUCACCCAGCUCUCCAAUUUACAGUCCCACCGGCGUCAACACAACAAAGACAAGCCCUACAAGUGCACGCACUGCAAUAAGGGUUACAUAGAUGCUGGAAGCCUGGAAGCACACAUGACCACACACACUGUCAAACACGCCAGGAUCUACUCAUGUGGUCUCUGCCACCGCUCGUAUACCUCAGUAAGACAAAUGUCCAUUUCUGAAGAGAAUUUCUACAUGAAGCACUAUGAAACGCCUCACUGGCAUCAGACGGCUGGCAGCUGCUUUACACCGUGUAGUCACAUGUCCACUGUUUCCCCUCUACCUAUCCUCCCCUCAUCCCAGGAGACGUAUCUGGUGAAACACAUGGAGAAACACAUGGAAAAACACAACCCUGACCAGUUGACUGCACCAGUAGCCGUGGCACAACAGUCGGCACAUCAGAACCAAAGCCAAACCCAUGGCCAGACAGGAACUCAGAGCCAGGUAGAGAGUGCAGAUGGAGGAUCGAGACAACCAGGAGGAGCUGUGGGCAGAGCAGCAGGGGAAGGCCAGCAGGCCCAGAGCCAGAGUGGCUACCCCCAGACAGAAAUCACCUGUCCAUUUGACCUGAAUCAGUAUAAGACAGUGUCUGCCAGUGACAUCCAGUACAAACCAGUCAGUGUGGCGGACAUCACUUCCCACAAAGACCUCUGUCUCACUGUGUCGGCAUCCACCAUUCAAGUGGAGCAUCUCAACUCUUAAAAACUAUCUAGAAGUAGGAGUUAUUUAAGAACAAUAGAGGCUAAGAGAGUUGAAAAUUUAAAGCAAUACUAAUAUUGAAACUUUACAACUGUUGACUGCCUGAAUGAUGUAAGGCAGACAGGACAAAUCAUGCUGAUAUAUUAUGCUGAAGCCUGUACGUUUUUCCUUUUGCUAUAUUGGAUUUAUGUUAUUCUCACUUAGCCAUCAUGUCUAAAUACAAACUGCAUGUUAAAGCUGUAAUAAAGUACGUUUCAGUCCAUCACAGUGAUGGUUUUAUCCCAGGAAAGUGUCUAAAAGACACAUUUUCUUUGACGUUUUUACUGCCUUUUUAUUUUUCAGCACUAUGAAAGUUUUCCCAGUAGCUCUUCAUGGUUUUUUGUUCAUAAAAUUGAAAACUAACUGUUAAGGUAAUUCUUAUGCUUUCUUAUAGAGACUAAGUUUAUACAUCAGUGUUAAUACCUCUGCGAUACUCAUUCUUGUAAUGUUUUUAACUUUAAAAGGGAUAUUAAUUUGAUUUCCUUGUCAGGGAACAAAGCAAAAGUCGGAUAUAAAAUAAUACAAAUUUAGUUUUUAUAGUACUUGUGUGUACAAGGUUUUGGUAACCAACUGGAUGAAUUUGGGUUUGUGUGUGGACUUUGAAAUGAUUACUCUGGGAGAGUAAUGACUUCCAUCAUGUUCAUGUCCAGUGUAUUGCUGUCUGUGUAUGUCCAAAAAAUGUUUUCCAAAUGUGCUCUUGCUCUGAUGCUUCCAUAGUAACAAUGUUUGAUACCUUACAGACAUAUUUACACAAUAACGGUUCAUGCAUUUUUCUUUCUGCUUAUAUGACAUUAAACUCUAAAAUAUUUUACAUUUUCAUGUUUGUCUGUAAAUUGGAAAAAAGCUUGCUUUGAAAGUAAAAAAUGAGAAUAUAAUUAAGCUUAGUUAAUAAUGUACUUUGUGUUUAUUUUGAAGAUGUGUAAAAUAUAUUUUAUUUCUGGGGAAAGUG